AUGGCAUUGCCCCAGAUCAGCUCCGCCGACCAGGCCAAGCUGCAGAUGUUGCAGGAGAUGGAGAUCGAAAUGAUGUCCGAUUUAUAUAACCGCAUGACGAACGCUUGCCACAAGAAGUGCAUUCCGCCCCGCUACUCCGAAUCGGAGUUGGGCAAAGGCGAGAUGGUAUGCAUCGAUCGUUGUGUGGCCAAGUACCUGGACAUUCACGAGAAGAUCGGCAAGAAACUGACGGCCAUGUCCAUGCAGGACGAGGAGCUGAUGAAGAAGAUGUCUAGUUAACCUGGCACCACCCAUUAACCCACACUUCCGCUUAACCAAUGUGCAUUUUUGAAGCGCUACGAUUGUUAGAGGUACAUGUACAAAACACCCAGUUGUAGAGAAUAAACCACAGAUUUAUGUGUGCAACAUAAUAUCUCA